GACAACCUGCUAGGAUGAUAAAAGGUUGGAGUGAAAAAUACCAUGUUGCAGGUUUUAUCUGUUCCUAAGAAAGUUUUUAGCCCAAAAGUUCCUCCUGAGGGUCGCUCAGUAGUGAACUGGGCUUUGUAACUUUGGUCUGCUUGUAGCGUUUAGCCUCUUGAAUUUCAACAGCGCUUGAACUUCUGUCCCGACGAGUUUAUUUAUUUUUUAUUAAACCAGUUUGUAACAUUUCCAGUAUCUUCGUCCUGAGCAGGGAGUUCUCCAUCGUCCGCCGACAAACAACAAAGAUACGUCGGAGUUUCAUGCAGGUAACGCUAAGCUGCAAGAUCAAAUUGUCUUGCUUGAAACUUAUGAAUGAAGGAGCCUGGUUUUCCCUCGGAGCCUUCAGUGAGCUGGCAGACGAAAGCAAGAAUUCACAGAAUAUACAAGAAACCAUCAAAGACAGCAAGCUGUUCCAGCCGUGAUCAUCAUGUCAGGGGUCCAGCACCCUUCACAAGCUGUCAAUCCUCCGCCUCCUGAGGUGACCAACCCUAAAUCACCGGGUCGAAGGACCAACCAGCUGAAGUUCAUGCAGAAUGUGGUGAUCAAGUCCCUGUGGCGGCACCAGUUCGCCUGGCCGUUUCACCAACCAGUUGAUGCAGUCCAACUUGGACUACCAGAUUAUCACACCAUCAUAAAGUCUCCCAUGGACUUAGGAACCAUCAAGCAACGGCUAGAGAACAACUACUACUGGAGUGCCAGUGAUUGUAUGCAAGACCUCAACACCAUGUUCACAAACUGCUACAUCUAUAAUAAGCCUACAGAUGACAUAGUGAUGAUGUCCCUCGCCUUGGAAAAGGUUUUCUUGCAAAAAGUUGCAAUGAUGCCUCCGCGGGAGGUGGAGAUUUCUGCUGAUGCAGCCAAGGGGAAGGGCAAAAAAAGUGUCUCUCCAGGUAAGCAGGAUGACACUGUGACCUCACUUUUAUCACCAACCAAACCCACAUCUCCACCAGUCCCCAGCAACACACCCAGACCACCGCAGCCCAUCACAAAAAAGAAAGGGGUGAAACGGAAAAGGCGGACAUCUGAACAUCAGAAGGGCUCAGAGGACAAGGGGCUCCAACCACAAGAAAGCCAACAGCUCAAGUAUUGCAGAAAUAUCCUGAAGGAGUUGCUGUCUAAGAAACUCCUAAGCUUUGCCUGGCCGUUCUACAAGCCUGUGGACGCUGAAGCUCUGCAGCUGAAGGAUUAUCAUGAAAUCAUCAAAUACCCCAUGGACCUCAGCACAGUUAAAAAAAAGAUGAACGGAGGAGAGUACCAGGACGCACAGAGCUUCGCAGCAGACGUGAGGUUAAUUUUUUCCAACUGCUACAAAUACAACCCUCCACACCAAGAGGUUGUUGCUAUGGCCAGAAAACUUCAAGGUGUGUUCGAGAGGAUGUUUGCAAAGAUGCCAGACGAGCCAGUAGAGUUGAAUCCACUGAUGAGCGGUGCGGGUUUGAGCGGUGCAGGUUUGAGCGGUGUCGGUUUGAGCGGUGCAGGUUUAAGCAGCGCAGGUGUCAACUUGGACAAAUGUGACUCAGAAGAGGAGCGGACCACCCGUAUUGCUGAGUUGCAUGAACAACUCAAAGCGGCUCAUGAACAGCUCGCAGCAAUCUCUAAAGUCCCUGGGGUCAAACAAAAGAAGGGGAAAGAAAAGACAGAAGACAGCAGGCUGAAUGAAGGAAAUACAAAAAAAAACAGGCAGGUGUGGAAAAGCAGUGCGGACUGGGAUUCAGAUGAUGAGUCUUUGCCGCUGACUUACGACGAGAAGCACCAGCUGAGCCUGGACAUUAAUCGGCUGUCGGGCAUGAAGCUGGGCCGCGUGGUCCAGAUCAUCCAGUCGCUCGAGUCCUCGACGUGCGAAACCAACCCCGAAGAGUUCGAGAUUGACUUUGAGACGCUGAAGUCGUCCACUCUGCGCCAGCUGCAACAAUACGUGAAGGCUUGUCUCUCCAAAAGGUUUAAGAAAUAUCAAAAGAAAAGCAGUCGAGCAGGCUCUCACAACACGGGCCACAGCAGCUCCACUUCUACCAGCAACAGCCCCGGUGACUCCAGCGCUGAAGACUGUGACUUGUAAGAUGCAAGUGAAUUUAUUUAUUUGAUCUUUUGUUUAAAAAAGAUGUUCAACACUUUAUUUUUGUAUUGUUUGUAUUUUAAUGU